CCUCUGCCUCCUGAUUCAAAAGCAGCUAAACCAAAAGAAGCCUCCAGACAGCCCUGAGAUCACCUAAAAAGCUGCUACCAAGACAGCCACGAAGAUCCUACCAAAAUGAAGCGCUUCCUCUUCCUCCUACUCACCAUCAGCCUCCUGGUUAUGGUACAGAUACAAACUGGACUCUCAGGACAAAACGACACCAGCCAAACCAGCAGCCCCUCAGCAUCCAGCAACAUGAGCGGAGGCAUUUUCCUUUUCUUCGUGGCCAAUGCCAUAAUCCACCUCUUCUGCUUCAGUUGAGGUGACACAUCUCAGCCUUAGCCCUGUGCCCCCUGAAACAGCUGCCACCAUCACUUGCAAAAGAAUCCCCUCCAUCUUUGGGAGGGGUUGAUGCCAGACAUCUCCAGGUUGUAGAAGUUGACAGGCAGUGCCAUGGGGGCAACAGCCAAAAAUAGGGGGGUAAUGAUGUAGGGGCCAAGCAGUGCCCAGCUGGGGGUCAAUAAAGUUACCCUUGUACUUGCA